AUGAGGUUGACUUCCAGUUGGUCUUGCGGAUGUAAUAAAGGUGACUAAUCCUUGGUGUUUUAAGUCAUUUGAUGUUUUGGGGGCCGAUUUGAUGACUCAGUUUUAUUUCAAUCUAUUUGCCAGCAGUUUUUGUGCUUAUUUAUAUGUUUACGUCUGUGACUGGUUUCUCUGAGUGAUGGUUAUGUAAUUCUGCCGGGCAAGACUGGUUCUGGAGUUGAUGUCAUUUGUUGCUAUUGCUCGUUACCUCUCUACUCAUCUCGCUUCUCUUUGACUAAUCCGCUUAUAGUUUUAUGCACUUUGUUAUUUAAUUUGACUAAUAUAUCCUCCGUAAAGUGAAUGUUAAUUUUGCCUGAGGCUGUUUUCAAAUGGUCCUGUUGACAAAAAAAGGUUGCUGUUGGCCCGUUUUUUAGCGUAAAUGUCUCCCUCUGACUAUUUUGAUAGCUUUCGCUUGCGUUUGUUUUUGCGACUGUUAUUUCUGCCCAACCCAAAUAUAGACUCUCAUAUCCGUUAAAGGACCCCACCAACUACAUUUGAAUCGAGUUUUUACGGCUUGGAGGUGCGCCUCGCCAAAAGUUGCGAAAAUCCCGCGAAAAAAAUAAAUACAAAAAAUAAUCGAGAAUUUUUCUCGAAAAUGCAAAAUUGAAGAAAGUUUGAGCUAGUUCAUGUUCCAAAGUUGCUGAAAACGCUUCUUGUUCACGUGGAUCCUGCCGACACUCAUUCGGAUGCUCUUGGGGAAAGUCUGAUGUAAGUUUUUCUUGGGUUUUGCAUGGUUUUUCACGUUUAGGUAGGAGUGAAGUAUCUUGCACAAUAUUUCGGCUUUUCUUUUGAAAAACGGCCCGAACGAAAUGUUGAGGAGCAAGUUUUGGACUCAAGGCUUGUGUGUAUUCCAUUUUCUUGCCCUGUUAUUGCAGUGUUUGCCCAUUUAGAGAUAUUUUAAUUAUUUUAGUCAAGUCUUUCAAUUUCAGAGUUGUUCAAUCGCCGAGAACGCGAUGCAUGAAGAAGAAUUCUCUUCAUUCAGAUUCCUUGGCAUCAAGAUUCGAGUCAGAGACGUUAUCUAUGGGAUAUUCAUGUAAGAUAAUGUGUUAUUUACUUUUUUGCUAAAAUUUUCGGUACGUAAUUUCUCAGCCCCUAUGCAUUUAAUUUCAGACUGGGACUUGUCUUCGCGAAUCAAUGGCUCUGCGAGGGAAACGAAAACGGGUUGUACACCAGCAUAUUGA